AUGCCUUUACCUUUUGGGUUAAAAUUGAAACGAACUCGACGCUAUACAGUAUCCAGCAAGAGUUGCUUGGUGGCUCGGAUCCAGCUGCUCAAUAAUGAAUUUGUGGAGUUCACGUUAUCUGUGGAAAGCACGGGCCAGGAAAGUCUGGAAGCAGUGGCUCAGAGGCUUGAGUUGCGGGAGAUAACGUAUUUCAGUCUGUGGUAUUACAACAAGCAGAAUCAGCGCAGAUGGGUAGAUUUGGACAAACCUUUGAAAAAGCAGCUGGACAAAUAUGCCUUGGAACCAACAGUGUAUUUUGGAGUAGUGUUCUAUGUGCCUACUGUUUCUCAACUUCAGCAGGAGAUUACCAGGUAUCAGUAUUAUUUGCAAUUAAAGAAAGAUAUCUUGGAGGGCAGCAUUCCUUGCACACUAGAACAAGCAAUACAUUUGGCUGGUUUGGCUGUUCAAGCUGAUUUUGGAGACUAUGAUCAGUAUGAAUCUCAGGAGUUUCUACAAAGAUUUGCUUUGUUUCCAGUGGGUUGGCUACAAGAAGAAAAAAUAUUGGAAGAAGCGACACAAAAAGUUGCCUUAUUACAUCAGAAAUACAGAGGCCUUACUCCUCCUGAUGCAGAAAUGUUAUAUAUGCAAGAAGUGGAGAGAAUGGAGGGCUAUGGUGAAGAGACCUAUCCUGCAAAGGACAGCCAAGGAAGUGACAUAUUCAUUGGAGCAUGUCUUGAUGGUAUCUUUGUGAAACACAAAAAUAGCCGACCUCCUGUUGUAUUUAGGUGGCAUGACAUUGCCAACAUGUCCCACAACAAAUCCUUUUUUGCAUUAGAGCUGGCAAACAAAGAAGAGACAAUUCAAUUCCAAACGGAAGAUAUGGAAACAGCAAAAUAUGUGUGGAGGAUGUGUGUGGCGAGGCACAAAUUUUACAGACUAAAUAAAUGCAGCCUAGAUUCCCUGGACUCUCCACCUGAGGAGGGCUCUCAGAAAUCUUCACUCAUUCUUUCCCUUCCACGCUUUCCAAUCCUUUCUCGUCCUUCACUUCCCAAAGGACAAACCCAGCCCAUUACAGUGAAUCCAGUUAGAAGGCGGUCUUCUUCCAGGAUGUCUAUGCCCAAGCCUCAAGCAUAUAUGAUGCCUCCACCACCUCAGCUUCAUUACAAUGGUCAUUAUACUGAACCAUAUGCAUCUUCUCAAGAUAACCUCUUUGUGAGCAGUCAGAAUGGAUACUACUACCACUCUCAGACUAGCUUGGAUAGAGCCCCUCAUGACUACAGUGGUCGAAUCCGCAAUGGUAGUGUCUAUAGUGCACAUAGCACAAACUCCUUGAACAACCCACAACAUUACUUGCAGCCAUCCCCCAUGUCAUCUAACCCAAGCAUUACUGGAAGUGAUGUCCUCAGAACUGAUUAUGUCCCGUCACAUAGACAUAGUGCACUAAUUCCACCAUCUUAUCGGCCCACACCAGACUAUGAAACUGUGAUGAGACAACUCAAUAGAGGAAUGGUACACACAGAUAGGCAGAGUCACUCAAUGAGAAAUCUUAACAUCAGCAAUACAUAUGCUUACAGCAGGCCCGAUGCCUUGGUUUACAGCCAACCUGAAAUACGAGAACAUGCCCACUUCACUUCCCCACAAUCUAACCAUUAUCCAUUUAACCUGAACUACAGUUUUCAUAGCCCAUCCCCCUAUCCCUAUCCUGCUGAGAAACGCCCAGUUGUUGGGGCUGUCAGUGUGCCUGAGUUAACAAAUGUGCAGCUCCAGGCUCAGGAUUAUCCAGCACCAAAUAUAAUGAAGACCCAAGUCUAUCGACCACCUCCCCCAUAUCCAUAUCCAAGACCUGCAAAUAGUACUCCAGACCUUUCUCGACACAUCUACAUUAGCAGCAGCAACCCAGAUCUAAUCACGAGGCGAGUUCAUCAUUCUGUCCAGACAUUUCAGGAAGACAGCCUGCCUGUGGCACAUUCUCUACAGGAAGUCAGUGAACCUCUAACAUCGGCACGCCAUGCUCAGCUGCAGAAAAGGAACAGCAUUGAAAUAGCAGGCUUGGCUCCCAGCUUUGAAGGAAUAAGAAUAAAAGAGAGGACCAUGUCAGCAUCUGCAGCAGAUGUGGCUCUUCCAAGAGUUAUUUCAGAAGGGUCACAGCCCAACAUUCUGAUAGAGAGAACAAAGCAAAAAGAAAAUGAGCAAGAUGAAGGUGUGAACUGUGAUCAUAAGAAAACCCUUUCAGAUGCCACUAUGCUGAUUCACAGUAGUGAAGAAGAAGAAGAGGAUUUUGAAGAAAAUAAAGCUAGUACUAGCCUCUCUCCUCUUCCUGAAGAUCAAACCCAGCUUUCAUCCAUGAUGGGUGGCUAUUCUCAUGAUUCUGUACUCAACUACCCCUAUAGCUCAGUUGCUUCAUCUGCUGGUCCUUUGCAUAUUCUUGAGCCUAAAUUACAUAUUACAGAAACGGAAAAGAGAAUGAAAGAUAUAAGCCCAGUUCAUUUACUAGUGGAAAACCACAUACAGAGGAGAGGGGAAGGACUGCUUACUCCAUCUAUGUCAGAAUCUGACCUUACAACAUCAGGGAGAUACAGACUAAGGAAGGAUUCUUCUUCAAUAAAGAAGAGACCUGUGUCCGAUCUUUUGUCUGGGAAGAAGAAUAUUGUGGAAGGCCUUCCCCCACUAGGUGGUAUGAAAAAGAAUAAAACUGAUGCAAAAAAAAUAGGGCCUCUAAAGCUUGCAGCCCUAAAUGGACUAACUUUGGCUAGAAUGCCUCUGCCAGAUGAGGGGAAAGAGGAAUCAACAAGAGCAACAAAUGAUGAACGGUGUAAAGUUCUGGAACAACGGUUAGAGCAGGGGAUGGUAUUUACUGAAUAUGAGCGCAUUCAGAAGAAAAGGCUUAUAGAUGGUGAGUGCUCAAUAGCUCGGCUUCCUGAGAAUGCUGAGAGAAACCGGUUCCAGGACGUCCUCCCCUAUGAUGAUACCAGAGUAGAACUAGUCCCAACCAAAGAAAAUAACACGGGUUACAUCAAUGCAUCUCAUAUCAAGAUCUCUGUUGGUGGCAUAGAGUGGGAUUACAUUGCUACACAGGGCCCUUUGCAGAAUACCUGUCAGGAUUUUUGGCAGAUGAUCUGGGAACAAGGGAUUGCCAUCAUAGCUAUGGUGACAGCAGAGGAAGAAAGUGGGAGAGAAAAAAGCUUCAGAUACUGGCCACGUCUUGGCUCAAGACACAACACUGUAACAUAUGGAAGAUUUAAGAUAACCACACGAUUCCGUACUGACUCAGGCUGCUAUGCAACUACGGGAUUGAAGAUUAAACAUCUUCUCACAGGGCAAGAGAGAACAGUUUGGCAUUUGCAGUAUACUGACUGGCCAGAACAUGGCUGUCCAGAGGAUUUAAAGGGAUUUCUCUCAUACUUGGAAGAGAUACAGUCAGUGCGGCGCCAUACAAACAGCACUGCAGAUCCUAAAAACUCUAAUCCUCCUGUACUGGUGCAUUGCAGUGCAGGUGUAGGACGAACGGGAGUAGUCAUUCUGUCAGAGAUCAUGAUUGCUUGCUUGGAACACAAUGAGAUGCUGGACAUCCCACGAGUGCUGGACAUGUUGAGGCAUCAGAGAAUGAUGAUGGUGCAGACUCUUUCUCAGUACACUUUUGUCUAUGGAGUUCUCAUUCAGUUUCUCAAAAGUUCUAGACUUAUAUAAUCCCUGCCGAUUCCUAAGGGACGCUGCAAGAGUUUACGGAAAGAAAACUACAGUUGUCCAGGCAGACCUGCUUUUACUCUUUUUUUUUCUUCAUAUGAUGAAUCAUGCAGUUAACUUUCAGGGCUGGUAUGUGGCUGUUAGAUACAAGUCAGUGUAACAGUCCUUGCAAAGCAGGAUCUUCGCUGGACUACAUUCUUCCCAUGUUCAGCUACAGCCAUAUUAGGGAAUGAUGUUACUUGUACUGGUCUUUAGUACUUGUACACGUUAUUUUUAUUAGAGUGGUGUUACGCUGGGGAAAAUAAAUUUCUAACAGGAUGGAAAUACAUGACACAAUUUACUACUAUUUUUUUUUAAACAUGAUAAUGAACUGUGCAAAGGCUAAAAUUUGUGAAUGCACAUGGGGAGAGAAAGCUGCUCUUUGGGGAUGUCAAGGUCUUACACACGGUUUCAUUCUGCUUUCAAUUUUAUAUUUAGAACAAUACAUCUAUAUUUUUAAAAACGAAGUUUUGGUUUCCUCUGGUUUACUUAGCAGAACUAGCAGCUCUUAGAUACUUUAAGCUGUUGCUUUAAGGGCAGUUAUUUUUCUAUCCAGCUUUUUUUUUUAACUUUGAAAAAAAAAACAACAAAAAACACCCAACUUUUCAAAUGCUGUAAUGUUUUCAGAGAAGAUUAUCUAUGCUUGUACUAACCUCUUACAAAUUGUGCAUAUGGUUCUAGUGUAAUGGGUAGCAGUAGAGUGCUGUGUAAUAGAAUGACAGGGGAACGAUCAUGUUAACUAUUGAUAACUUCCAUUUGAGCGGGGGCAUCUUUGCCUAUUGCAUUGUAGACUACAAGCAGGGAAAAAGUAAUAUAAUUAUGUACCAAGUUCUUGGUAAUAAACAAAUGAGAGGAAGUACAUAUUCAGUAUUAUUCAGAAAUUUAGGGGACAGUUUGAUUUUACUGGCUGAAAUCAAAGUGGAUGCAAAUGUUUUAAGCACUUUUUUUGCUCUGUUAUUUAUGUAGUUAAACAUAGAAACUAUAAUCAUAUACUGUUUUGUAUGGUGAAAUGCUGUUACUAACCUAUUAUUUGAGGAAGAGCCUUUAAAGUUGAUGAAGUGAGAGAACCAAAAUUGGAGUAAGAAGGUGCAUAGUGGUGAAGAGGAAAUUAGUGGAGAUGUGGCAGCUAUGAUUGCUGGUUUACGCAUAGCAAAGAUGACCAUUAAAAAUGUUUAUGUUUCCAGUCAGAAAAACCUUUGAAGCAUCAAAAUUUUCUCUAGAAUCCUUCAGAUUAUUUUGUCAGCACCAGAACUGAUUUUUGCCAAUGCUGUGCAGCAUUGCAAUGAAGAAUGUUCACAGGAGCCACUUGAGAAUGCCUGCAGAAUGUAAGAAUGCUAAGAGGAAACACUGGAGAUGUAGGUAUUUUGCGUAGGUUGCAGCAUAGAUCUGAAGAUGUCCUACCUCUGGUAGGUUCUGUGCUGUCCCUGACUAGCAUGGGUCUGGUCUAUUGACAGUAUCUCAAAUGCUUCGGUGUCUGUGUUUGUAAAAUGGGGACAGUGAGGUUUUGCCUGCUUUUGGAGUGUUCUGACCCUAUACCAAAGUGAGCUGACUGUUGGUGUCAUUUCAAAAAACACCUGUGGUAGACAGACAAGUGUGCAGCUAUGUCUGCAUAUUCAUUUCCCACGAUACUUGCUUAGCAAAAUAAAAUGAGUCUGUGAGGUGUUGUUUUUUUUUUUUGCUGGUAAAAUGAUGUUGUUGUUCCCUGAGCUGUGACAAGGGUUUGGAAGCUAUUAUGAAGAAUAUCCCCUUCCCGCAUCAAACAGUGAUUGUCCUCUCAAAACACAGAUUAAAAGUGUAAUAAAUAUGUUUCAUCAAUUUCCUUUUUAAUAAGCUAUUUCCAUAAACACAAGGUCCAAACGACAUUUUGCUAAUAUGUCAUUCCAUAAAAUACCUGCUACCUUAAAAUACACCAUAAUAUUCAACUAGUGCAUUUGGUCUUCUUUCAGGCAAUCCAAAUUGUUCUUCCUUCAGUGAAGUAAUAUCGAAUAUUUCAAACGGGGGGAAAAAAAAUUCCUAGCAAGUAUUUACUGCCAAAUGAGGAAAUAAAUGAAAUAAUGCCUUAUUCCAGAAGAGACCAGUAACUGAAGACUGAUUCUUACAUAUAGUCUUGCAGGCAAACCGUUUUGACAUUCGUGUGUCAACAGAAAUACCACUGAAUGAAGCAAAUGUAUUUGGAUAUUUGUGCUGUCUUCUGUUAUAGAAACAAAUAUUUGUUUUUCUUUCUUUUUAAAAAAGUUUCUGAUAGAAAAGUGUGCGCUCUAGAAUGUAGCUCUUAAUUUCCAAAGUUUGAGCUGUGAUCUUCUCAACAUGGCUCACGUGCUUUUAGUGAAACUGUAGAUGACCACAACUUUUUGCAACCCUUUUUCACCAUUCAGCAGCUCUUUGGACAGAAUGUCAGGUGUUAAAAAUGUCAGGCAUUAAAAAAAAACAAAAACAAACAAACACAAACCAAUUGAAAUAAGCAGUUUCAUUCCAAACUUGUGAGAUAGUUUCUGAGAUGGCUGAGGAAGUUUUUCCCUUCCAUUUUCUUCUCUGUCUUUCUGAGAGGAGGUGAGAUCGCUUUCAGAGGUGCUCGCUCUCCAACCUGUAGUCACAGUCUGGUUUUGUUAAAAGCAGUCACACUGCUACCUCCUCCACUUCAGCUUUUCAUUCUUUCCAUUAGCAGUGCUUUCUACAUUAAUAGGACUUGACUUUCUAUGAACCUUCCUAAUGAAGGCAGCAGGCUUGUUUUUACAUGUUAGCUUAUGGUUCCAAGCGGGCAUUGAAAAUAAACAGUUUCUUUUCUAAAGAUACCGAAAGAAGUAAAACUCCACAACCUCCUGUCACAAUUUUAAAAAUGUUUAGAUUUUUUGAUAGCUUUUAAAACAACAUUCGGUUUGUAGCACUUUGUUGUUCUGAGCCUUUAAAGGGAUGCUUUGUAUGUGUUGUGAUGGAUGCUUUGUGGAGUGUGGGACUUUAUAGGAAAAUCUGUGGCCCAAAUCCAGUCACAGCCUGAGUGGAAAUUGGAUCCUUCUGUCAAAAGCUUAAAGUUCCUCUAUAAGCCAUUUUGCCAGGUGUGCUUCUCUUAAUAUGGGAGAGAAACCAGGUAAUUAUCGUGUAAGAUUUGAGCUGAACUUUAUUAAAUAGGAAAAGAGAACGUAAUGCUGAUCUCUAGGAAUGCCAGAGUUCUCAGGGAUAAAUAAAGGUGCUAUAUUACUAUCAAGAGACAGAUGUGUCUUUUGUGGUCUAGGUGGUAAAUGCUUUCUUAGGAUCAAAUUCCACAAAGAGUCAGGAGAAGAACCAAUGGAUUGCUGUAGGGGUUUCUGCAUGUUUGAUUUCUGUCUUGUUUUCUCUGAAGAGAGAUUUAUUUUUGGUCAGGGAAUGCUUGUGUUCCUGGGAUCCCAGGUCUUCUCUAAAAACAUAAAUUCACAGUCCUGUUGAUUGUGAAGGUGACACUUAGUAGGCUUUGCUGUCAACUCUUCACUCAUUCUUUGAUGGAGAAGCUCAGUGCUACACAACAGUUUUGCACUGCUUCUCUGCAGCCCACAGAACAGUGAUCCCCCUUUUCUGCUGCUUGUUGGAGUGCAGUCCCCAUGAAUAGCAAGGUUAAAUGCCUUAGUAUUGCUCUCGCUGUGACACCUUUUGCACAUAUGAAUGGUGAAAACAACUGCAUGGGAAUAUAAUUAUAAUGUUGGCUGGUCUUUAAGAUCCCUUCCAACCCAAGUUAUUCUGUGAUUCUAAAAUAAAUGCACACUUUAAAUGGAAAAAUUCUUGACCUUUAGAGAAAGUAUGCAUUUUUUGUUCCUUUUGUCAACUUGCUUCUCUCUCACUCUAUUUUUAUUAUUAUUAUUUGUAAUGGAUGACACUUGGAGCAGUUUUCUCCAAAAUUCUUAAUUUUUAUAGCUAAGACUACCAGAGGCUGCUGGUAAACUUUUCUUGUUUGACUUGUUAAAGUUGAGUGGUUCACAGCUCUCAACAGUCUCUGGAACAAGUUUGGGAACUCUGUGGUUGUUUGUCCUAUAAGCUAGCGUUGUAAUGGGACCUCAGUUUUAAUACCAGUACUGUUACUAAAACACCACAGUUAAAAUAGUGAACUCAUUGCUAUGCUCCAGUGGUUAGCUCAAGUUAUUAAUUUAAAAGGAACAACAGAUCAACUGCUAAUAAGUAUUAUUAGCUUUAGGUAGGUAUUCUAUUUUCUUUUCCAAUACAAAAAAAGCCUGCAAAGCCAGACCCAGCCCCUCAAGACGUAAAAGUUCUGAAGUUCUUGUGAGUGGAUUCAGCAGUACUUAUUGCCAGUGAAAGCCCUUAAAAUGUGAAUAUUUGCAUCUACUUUAAAUUUAAAUAUAGAUUGCAUGAAUUAAUCAAAAGAAUGCAUCAGGAAUGUGCCAACAUGAAGCUAGAAUGUUACAAGGAAAAGUAGCUGAGAUGACUUGGAAGAAAUUCUCUUGUAAAAGUACAGAAUGUUGGAACUGGUGAGUGUGGAUAUGAGGAAUGGCUUGAAGGCAUUUGGAGGAGGAACUGGAACAUUUUGUAUCCACAGCAGAGCUGUUAGAGAAGGGUUUGAUUCACAUGGUAUUUAUUUUUUUUAUGGCAUAGUAGGGUAAGUGAGCAUGUAGUUGUAGGUGUUAUUUCUACUGACUUGUUAAAAUGUUAUUUUUGAAGCUCCAGAUAUUAUUUCAGGAGCUCUGUUAUUUUUAAAUAUAUUCUUUUCCAAACAGAUUCAGUGCAAUCUGGCACCACAGCUCCUGUUUGCUUACUAAAGGUCAGUUUUUAAGGCCGCAGUCUCAGGUUUUAGGUGGGCAAGCUGAAGGCAAAGGGGCGUAUGUGCAAAUUUGCACCAAUAAUUUGUAAUGGAUGCAGAUUAGAUUAUUUGAAAUGAUUUUUGAGUGCAGGCAGCUGUUUACUGUAGAUGCAAACUGGAUCAAGUUGAGGCUGCGCUGAAAACCAGGCCUUGGAAUUGUGGAGAUUUGGCAUAUGCUUUCAAAGAUGGCAUUGCACCAUUUGCAGUACAGUGAUAAUAAAACUUCAGAGAAUAUCUCAUACUGUGCUAUGCUAUAGGAAAAUAUCUUGAACUUCAGCAGCAACAGCUCUUGCAAAUAUGGCUGUAUAAGAAAUCUUUUUUGAAGAUCCUGUUGGGGACCAGCUAACUUGAUGUGUUUUGCUGGCAUCGUGAAUGUUCCUUUAAGGUCUACAAGGACUGAAAAAAAAACAUUCUUCAUUUCUAUGUGCAUUUCAAAAACUGGCUGCUAAAUGACCCGUGAUUCUAUUCUUUGCAGUUUUCCACAGGAUGCUGCGUUUGGUGAUGAAGAAUAACCUCCAGUGUAUUUGUUCCUUAGAAUUCCAUUUUUCAGCUCUAAUCGGGGAAUUGAGACAGAAAUCAAAUGCAAAGAAUCUAGCAGAUAGAGUUUACAGCAGAUGCAGUGUGUGGCAAGUCAGAGAGCAAGCCUGUAGAUGCUCUGGUUUUACUUUGUUUCUGAUAGGCGGCAGUCAAAGCUACCAAAUUAAUGCUUUUGUGAGCACAAUUUCUGAAGGCGCCUUUUGAAACCUUUUUUAAAGGGAAUUUAAAUGCUGUUUUUCCAUUUGGAAAUGUUUUAAGUAAAAUUAGGAGAUGUGGAAGUAUUUAACGAUAAACACAGUUAAGUUUUAGAAUGAUAGGAAAAGUAAUAGGAAAAAUAGAUCCUCCAGUCUGUCACCUUGCUUAUCCUGGAUGAUUCUGGCAGACGAGGAGUAUAUGCUGUCCCUUUACAAAGAUACCUUCUCAACUUACUUUGAAACACCCAAACUACUUGACUUCCUUAUGACUGAUCUGGGGAGACUUGGAUGGAAAUCUUAGACUCCAGCUUGCCAAGCAGUAAGUAGGAAUCCAGGUACCCUCCUGCGCAAUGCUGAAGUCUCUUCAUUCUGUUAAAGCAAAUUGGUGUUUUAAAUUCUUUCAGCAGUUUUGUAGGGUUGAGUAAUUAAUGUCAGAGGAUCUGGCUCAGUUUUCUUCCGUUUUCAUUUGAGCCAGUAUGGAAGGAUUUAAAUGGGACUUUAUUUACAGUAGCAACAUGAAUUUUUGAGUAUUAUUUUCUAGUACUAAGCUAGUGGUUAACACGUCUAUUUUGCUGUCUUGCCACCAAUACUGUAAAAAUGUAUAAUCAAAACAGCUUUAAUUCUUGUAAAACUGAAAUUGGUUUGUAAAGCAAUGUACAAAUUGUGUUUCAUAGACAAAAAGGCUUGUAUUACUGAAUGUAAUAUAUGUGAAAUGAAUAUAUUCAUAGUCUAUUUUUGCCAUGAAAAAUAAAUAUUUGAAGCAACAA